AAUGAAAAGCUUCUAUUCUUUACUUCUUCUGUCCUUUAUGAUUACAUAAUGCUUUGCUUUAUACGAUGCUGAUUCUAAAGUAAUCAAACUUACUAAAGACAAUUUCAAAUAAUUGGUCCUUGAUUCAGGAGAACCUUGGUUAGUAGAGUUCUAUGCUCCUUGGUGUGGUCACUGUAAAGCUUUAGCCCCAGAAUAUAACAAAGCUGCAAAAGCUUUAGAUGGAAUUUUGAAAAUAGGUGCAUUAGAUAUGACUACUGAUGGAGAGGCUGGAUAACCUUAUGGAGUCAAUAGUUAUCCUACUAUUAAAUUCUUUGGUGUAAAUAAAGCAGAUCCUAUUGCUUAUGAAGGAGAAAGGAAAAAGAAUGCAAUAGUAGAUUAUCUUUUGGAUAGAGCUAGAGAAAUUGCCCUGAAUAGAUUAGGAGUUGAAAUCAAACCACAACCAGCAAAUGAUGAUUCAAAGGUUGUUGUUCUUACUGAUGCUAACUUCGAUGAGUAGGUUAUCAAUAGUUAGGAAGCCUGGUUUGUUGAAUUCUAUGCCCCUUGGUGUGGACAUUGUAAAUAACUUUAACCAGAAUGGAAUAAAUUAUCUCAUUAAGCUGAUAUUCCAAUAGCCAAAGUUGAUGCUACUGCUUAAACUGAAUUGGCAAAAAGAUUCAAUGUUGAGUCAUAUCCAACAAUUUACUUUUUCCCUGCUGGAAAUAAAAAGGAUACACAUAAAAAAUAUGAGGGAGAAAGAAAUUUGGAAGCUCUUUUGAAAUAUAUUAAGGAAUAGAAACCAGUUGAUGGUUAAUCUAUUGUUACAGAUGUUAUUUAAAUAACUUCUGAUGAAAAAUUAAAUUAAAUUUGCAACAGUAAGAUUUUAUAAAGUUAUUUUUAAGCCCUUUGCGUUUUGGGAUUCUUACCAAGUGACAAGAAAGAAUAAGAAGAUGCAAUUUAGAUUUUAAAGAAAGUAAUUUUAUAUGAAUAUUUUAUAGACAUCAUUAUCAUUAACAGGCAGAGCAAAUUUAGGUUGGUUUAUUGGAGAAUAAUUUGAUGAUUUUGAGGCAGAGUUGAGUGUUAUUGGAGAAGGGUAUUAUUAUAUAUAUUAUAUAAAUUAUAUAGAUAUCCUCAGGUUGUAGCAGUUGAUUUUAAUAUAAAAAAAUACUUUAGAUUUAAGAAAUAACUAACAGUUGAUAAUUUAAAUGAAUUUGUAAGAGGAGUUAUUAAGAAAACUGAAUCUGGUUAGUCAUUCUCAAGUUUACCUAAGUUAAAUUCAUAGAAAUAGGAUUUGUGA